AGAUAACUCCGCAGUAGCAUUGAGAUAUCAUCGACACCGACAUCGAGGAACCACCAUAGCAAUUCACAAUGAAUACAGUGCCAAAUCAUGCUUUCAUCGAGGUGCAUGCCCUGCAUCCUCAUCAUCAACAUCAACCCCAUUGCAAGCAACAGUGCUUUGUUUUCACUGAAAUAGCAGAUAUUGUCGAAUUACCCCCCGAGAUAACAAAAAUUGGCAGCGAGAAGGUGCAAAAUGGAGUGGUUAUUUCACCGUUUGCCACCACCAUCAAGGACCCAUGUGGCGGUUCAUCGACUGGUAUGGAGUCGCCCAUCGAUUCAGAAACUAAAUCUUCGCGAAGUAAACGGAUUCUGAUUGUCUUGGCCAUAAUGAUGGUUUGCAUUGCCAUGGCGGGGGGUAUACCGUUGGCCUUACAACUACGACAGUCCUCGCUAUUAGAGGCCCGUUUGGCUUUCAUAAGACGUUUGCUUAGCGAAGCCCCAUUGAUAGAGGGCUCUUGGACACCUUCGCGGGAAAUGAACUUUAGCAGUAGUAUGCGAGAAAUGCGACAAAAAUAUGUUGGUGCCGUUUUAUGGCCCAUUGCCGUUCCAUGUGGUGCUCAAUAUUUGGAUGCUGUACAAUUGGCACUCGAGGGAAUUGAUGAAGCUAGACGAAUAACUGCUGUCACCGAUUCGAUGCAUAUUGUCGAGUCGGCGGACGAAAUGGAACAAACACAUAUCAGGGGUGAAGUUGCCGUGUUGAUGGGCCUUGGUGGUGGUCACACAUUGGGUACUAGUUUGGCUGUCUUAAGGUCAAUGUAUUUGUUGGGUGCCCGUUUUGUUUCGAUCACCAGUUUGGAGUGUACCACAGCAUGGGCAGCUUCAACAAAGAAUUUAGAUUAUCUUAUGGAAUCGAAUGCUACAAAUUCAAUUAAUGAUUUCGGAAAGACCAUGUUAUUUGAAAUGAAUCGCAUUGGCAUGUUAGUAGAAAUCUCACAUCUUUCGGAAGCCGGUAUGAUUGCAGCUCUGAAAACAGCCAAAGCGCCGGUUUUGAUGAUGAAUGCAGCACCGGCAUCUUUCUGCAAUGGUACAAAUGUGGCAUCUAUACCGGAUCGAGUUUUAAGUCUACUACCGGAUAAUGGCGGCGUGAUUAUGCUCAACCUGGAACGCUGUGGCGAACGUUUGUUGGGAGUGCGUGAGGCUAUUAACGCGAUAAAUUUUGUUCGCAAAGUGGCCGGUGUCGAUCACAUCGGUUUGAGUGGUGCACCCAAGGGUUAUGCAUUUCUAUUGGCUGAAUUGGCCCGCGAUCGAGUGUGGGGCAAUGCAGCCAUUAAGAAACUAAUUGGCGGCAAUGUGGUGCGUAUUCUGCGCGAGGUGGAAACAUUGAAGAAUCGACUACCUCUUUACGAAGAGUGGAUACCAAAUGAAUUGGUGGAGAGCAAUUCCUAUUGUCGUUAUCCAGAAUCGUAAAUCUGAUGGAAUUGAGAAGGUAUUUUAUUAAUUUUUGAUCUUGCUGUCUC